AUGAUAUCAUUUUCCAUGGCUGUGUGGUGGUUCACCAAGCGGAGAGGAGUAGAUGUCUUUGACAUUGGUAUACCUUGCUAUGCCGGUUAUCCUGACAAGGUGACCACGGCGUGCCAUGCUAAAAACGAUUACACUUUUAGUGUUAAGAGUCGGGAGCACACAAGAUUCGGCUAUCAUGACGGCGCGGGAUAUGCGAUGACUCAUGACGGUCCUAAGGAAAUUGAGUGGAAGAUCUGCAAAGCAACUAGAACAUUUCCAUCUCUUAGAUUUGGUGUGGCUUUCUUUGACAUGGAAUACGAAGACAGCACAGAAUCAUGCAAACAAAGUCAAUACGGCCAUUUAAAAUAUGCUGCCGGUUACUGGCGUGUUCAUGAUGUGGCACAUUACUUCAAAAGCGUUGUGAUGCAGCCAGAUUUUAUGCAGUCCGGUCAAACUUGCUAA